AAUAAUUAAAAAAAGUACAACAAAAAUCUGAAAAAUAAUCUAAAUUAAAAAAAAGGAAGAAAUAAAAUGGAUCUCAAAAAAAUAGGUACCAUUGCUUAUAUGAUAUUGAUGGUUUUCUAUGGCCUAUUUACAUUAAUUGUUAGUAUUUAGGCAUAUACUAAGUUCACUGAUACAAGCUAGCUUUAUGACAACAUAGUCUCUAACUUAAAAGAAGUCCCUAUUGUAGAUAUUUAAAGCAAGUAAGACUUAAAUUGUGAUUCUAACUAUACCUCUUUGUUCAAUUGGAAUUGGGGAGGUAUGAGUGAUGGUUGUGAUUGUACUUAUGCAAACACUACUGAAAUAUCAAAGACCAUGUACCGUGGCCAUUGUUCAGCUAAUUAUACAAGCUAUGGAUGCUACAAUACAACUGGAAUAAAUGCCACAACAUUCAACUUUUUUGAAGGACCAUCAAAUGUUAGAAUGAAUGUAUGCGUAAAGAGAGGUUUAAGCAAAUACGCUUAUUACAAGGUUGCAGAUUAAUAAAAAGGAGAAUCAUGUGUAGGCUAAAAGUUGUGUGGUAAUUUAUAGUAUCCUAAAAGUGUUUUCUGUGUUUCAAAAGACGACCCUUGCCCAAUUUAUGAUAUUUAAGUUUCUUCUGCUUCAUCUGAUCCAAGUUACGUUGGAUAUUCAAAGAUUUCUUUACCUAAUGGCAAAUAUCUUUAUUAUGAUAAUAUUGGGGCCAGCGCAACAAAAGAGCCUUUGAGUGAACUUAGAUUAACCUAGGGUGCAGGAGUUUGCCAAAUUUACAAUACUUAAAAAAAUCUUCCAAAUGGAUAAUCAGAAUAUAUUCUUAGUAUUUAAGGUAGAUCCUCAUGUUCUUAAUUUGAUCCUACAUUUAUUUAAAAUGGAUUCUCAAUCCCUGAAAAUAGAUAUUUUAUUAUGAAUAUGAAUUCAAGCGAUUAUAAGAUUCUCUCAAACUAUUCAGGAAUUCAAAUUCCUAGCUCAACUGCUCCAUUUAACACUUAUCAAAGAAAUUACUUAUCAUGGAGUAUCCCUAAAAGAAAUUUAAUGAAAGGUUUUGUUGAUGCCUCAAAUUCUUUAACUGAUCUAAAAAAUGCUUAAUUAGUAGUUAUGAUUAUCAAUAUAUUUGUAUGCAUUAUGGUAUCUAUCGUUCUUAAUAUUUCUGAAGUUUAUAAUCUUAUGGGCAAAGAUGUUCCUUGCUUCGAAGGUUCUAGAGAUGAAGAAUCAGCUAAGAUUAAAAAAACCAAAACAAUAUUAUCUUAUGGCGGAAAAUUAUUGCAAGUUCCUUUCCUUCUCUGGGCAUUCAUUGUAUCAGCUCAAAAAAAGGAUGUUAUCUCUGAAGUUGCAAAUGCUGCUCCUAUGGAUCCUAUUUUCAACUCAUAAAUUUUAGCAUUUUCUACACAAUUAGAAGAUUAAGUAUACAAAAAGAAUCUUUCUGCUCUUAUUGUGCUUGCAAUUACCCUCUUUAUAGAUGUAGUUUUAAUUUUAAAGGCUUUAUGCUUUAAAAAUAAAACUCCUAACUCUCAAUAAGAGCCUGCUAAACCUAACAUGGAUGAGGAAUAGAAUCCAGUUAAUCAAAAUUAAUAUCCAGGAUAACCUUUACCUUAACCUUAAUAUACCAAUAUAUAAAUGUAAAAUAUUCAACCCGUAGGUCAAGCUUAAUUUUAAGGUACUUAUUAGGAUUUGCCAAAUUAUGGUUAUCCUGCUGCAUAACCAGUAAUCUAGCAACCUGGUUAUGUUUAAUAGCAUAAUUAAUAACCAAUGUAUGCCUAAACAGUAUACCCAUAGUAAGCAAACGCUUACCCUUAAUCUGGAUAUUAAUAAGGACCAUACAUCUAACCAGUAUAACAAAAUUAAUAAUAUACUUAUCCUGUAUAAUAAUAACAAUAAUAUGCCUAUCCUAUUUAAGAAUAAUAAGUAUAUGCUUAGAUAUAGGAUUAAGAAUAACAACUUUAGCCCGUUUAAUAUGUUCAACCAAUUUAAUAAGAAGGUUUUGUGUAGCCUACAGAAUAACCUUAAAAUUUUUAAUGA